ACGUGAAAAGGGAAGUGGCAAAACUUGUAGCCAAUCAGCGAACGACAGAUGGUUCACCCCAUCAGACGCGGGACAGCAGAAGGCAACUUUCUGUGACACGUACGCGGCAGCUAGCUCUAGUUCGGGAGCACCUUUCUAAGCUUUACAAUGUCCAAUCUGAAAUCGACUACUAAUGCUGCUGGAAAACUUCCGAAAAGUCGUCAGCGGAAAAAACCGUCCAUGCUGCAGGAUUUUGACGUGGAGGACUGCCCAACGUGGGACGUUUCGGAAUCAACGGAUCAACGGUCUGUCACAGUUGAGUUUCAAGAGGAUGGACGACGGAAAUGUGUGUCGGACACAAAGGUUUGGAAACUGCAGAAAAUGGACGAAGACUCCGAUGAAGAUCUGAAGUUUGACGAUCUUCAGAAAGGGGACGUGGUUAUGGCAUACUGGAGCCCCAACAGGGCAUACUAUCCGGCUACAUUAGUCAAAACCACAGAGGAAGGUAAUUCUACCCGUGAGAGUGUAAAACGACAGCUCUGUCUCGACAAAGAGGAACUUCAAGAGAUGGAAAAAUCCAAAAAACACAAAAAGAAGAGUCAGAAAUCAGCAAAAGUAGCAGCUUUGAGCGCCCGAAAUAGUAGUCUCUUGCAAUCUGAGCCAACAGAGGACAUGAAAAUACAGACAUAUCAUUCCUCUACAACAUCCACAACUUCUGUUUCUUCCAAGCAGACAGCAACACAAUGGAAUGAUUCAAGACAGGAUACACAGGAAGUCACUAGAGAUACGCAACGGGAGCCCAGCACAUCUGAUAUUCUCCUCCAGUCUGACGAGCAAUCUUCUACAAACGUUACUCUAGUGGCAAUAUUUGAUGCCAUAACAACGCUCCAGGAGAUCCUAAUUCCCAUGUCAGAGAGGUUAGCAAGAGUUGAGAGUCUCUUAACAGCAUCCUCAAAUCAGUCAGUUCAAUCUCCUGCAUCUCUACAAGUACCAAGCACAUACCAAGAGAAAUUUUCUCCAAGUUCUCAGGCGCUGCUGUCUCCUUCUAAUGUGUUCACCGAUGAAGCUACAGUCUUCUUGGGUGAUCCAAGUUUAGAAGUAAAAGUGAGCAGGAAGGCUCUAGUUAGAGCCUCUGUGAAAGCUGGGAGAAGGAACCAGCUGGCAUUGAACUUACUGGACCUUCUAUUUGAACAGAAAACCUUGGCAGAGUCCACAGUCAAUGGUACGAGAGAUGGCAGCAAGAAGGCACUGGACAGCACCAUCAUUGACGCCAUCAAAAGUCACUGCUUUGAAAAGUUUCCCGUGACAAGCGCAGAAACGCCCAAGGAAGCCAUGCAAAGACUAACAAAGUCCAUCACUGACAAGUGCACUUCUCUUGCAAAAUAAAUCUAGUAACAACUAUAUAGCGGUUUUGUUUUGCAUCGACUUUUACGGUUUGUUCUUCUUUGGCUUUGAAAUAUGGAAAUAAAUGCACGUGUAUGAUACCA